UUUUAGCUUUGAAUGUGGAGAACAGUGAAGAGCUCGUUAAUGUUCUCAAAAAUAAACUUGAAGACCUUAAGCACUCAGACGUGCUAGAGAAUUUAUCCCCUAAUGUGAGAAAACGUGUUGAGGUUCUCCAGAAUAUUCAGGCAAGUGCACUUCUUACCAAAUGCUAUUUAAAUAUGUGUCCAUGAUGUUUUUAGAUAACCUGCAAACCUCGACUGAUUCCACGGGAGCAACAGGUACCAGGUAACUUUGUCUUGGGGCGUAUGUAGCAUUUUAGGUGGAGGUUCAAUUGAACCAUAACUUUCGACGCAGAUCAUAAAUUUAUGUGUAAAUUUUUUAUUAAAAUUGCAAUAAAUAGUAGACAUCAACUCAUAACUUUUAAAAUACAAUGGGUUAGACGCUAAGAAUCUUAAAAGGUUAAACCCAUAAAGUUUAAAUCCUGGAUCCGCCUUUGAGUCUGUCCACAAGGGCUAGGAUAGAUAGGAAGAUAUCACCUAGUAUUAUUGUUAAAUAUGUGUCCAUGAUACCAUGCUGGUUUUAGCAAAUCAGUUUAUAUUCGUUGCUUGUAAAAAGUUCUCUAGUUUUGUCUCCAUUUUGUGUCGCUUGCCAAACAUGAUUCUUGUUGAUGAUUGUGAUAACUGUUGGACUGAAAGGAAAGGUCUGCACUUGGAUUGACAUAAGUUAUUUUCUUAAUUGACAUUUCGUUAUCAAAAAAAUGCAUGUUAUUGUUAGUCAUUAGAUUCAUUUGUGUGGUUCAUAAAGCAGAUUCAAGACUUGCUUCUUCUUUUUUUCCAACGCAUUAACUAAAGUUGUAUCAGGUCAACACAUCUAACAGUAUGAACUUUUAGGUUGGUAUGUAAGAAAUGUUGAUGCUCAAAUGAUGGAAAGUUUCUUGUACGAAAUAAAUGCAUAAAUUAUAGAUAGAUGCUAAAUUACAGCAGGUUCCUUGUUCUUAAGUUUCCCAUUUUCGACGGAUGUACUAGAAAAGGCAGGGGAUGGAUGGGUUGAAUUGUGGGAUUUCAAGUGGUGUUGAGUAUAGAACUAUUUAAAGAUUUACUGAUUCAGUUGAUGUUAUUGGUUCGGUUUUUCGUGAGAGGUGAGUCAAGGUUUCCUUUGUUCGAGUUAAUGUAAUGCGAUCUGAUGUUGCAGUUUCCGUUGUUAUUAGGAUGUGGAGUUUUCAAGCAAAAGUUAAUUCGUUCAAUAUCAAGAUUGGGUCGAUCAGACUAGAUGAUGAUUGAUUAGCAGAUCCAACAUGGAAAAUAUAUGUAGAUGCUGGGAAUAUUUCUACCACCUUUACUAGGAAUAGCCUUAUUAGUGAUUGUUGAACACACUAUAUCUGAAUGCAUAAAAGCUUCUAGCCUUUCGGAAUAGUUCCUCUCUCUGUACUGGAUGCAGUUAUUUCAGGGCAAACAAUAAGAGGAGCCUGGCAUCCAGAAUCACUGCAACUCUUGGGUGGUCAGCAAUGUUGCAACUUGCAUGUUAUUCAGUGCAAUACCUCCUUGGUUCACAGGGUACCAUACUCAGCAUGAUCAACUGGAGGCAAGUUUUUUAGAGGAGAGAGCUGCCCUUGAAGCCAAGUACCAGAAGCUGUAUCUUCCACUAUAUACAAAGAGAUUUGAAAUUGUUAAUGGAGUUGAAGUUGAUGGGCCGGCAACUCAGGCUGCUUCAGCAAACCAGGAGGAGGAUAAAGACGCAGUGGAGAAAGGAGUCCCUGAUUUCUGGCUCACUGCGAUGAAGAAUAAUGAAGUGCUAGCUGAGGAGAUUACUGAGCGAGAUGAGGGGGCUCUCAAAUUUCUCAAGGAUAUAAAGUGGUCUAGGAUUGAAAACCCAAAGGGUUUUAAACUUGAAUUUCUCUUUGAAACUAAUCCCUACUUCAAGAAUGCUGUGCUGACCAAGACCUAUCACAUGAUUGAUGAAGAUGAACCUAUUUUGGAGAAGGCAAUUGGGACCGAGAUUGAAUGGUAUCCAGGUAAGUGCUUGACACAAAAGAGCCUGCAGAAGAAGCCAAAAAAGGGGUCAAAGAAUGCUAAACCUAUCACUAAAACAGAGCAAUGUGAAAGUUUCUUCAACUUCUUUAGUCCACCUCAAGUACCAGAGGAUGAAGAAGAUAUCGAUGAAGAUGAUGCAGAAGAACUUCAAAGUUUGAUGGAACAAGACUAUGAUAUUGGGUCAACUAUUCGAGAUAAGAUUAUUCCACAUGCAGUUUCAUGGUUUACUGGGGAAGCUGCUGAAGAUGAGUAUGUCGACUUAGAAGAUGAUGAUGAUGAAGAAGAUGAUGACGAUGAGGAAGAGUUAGAUGACUAUGACGAUGACGAUGACGAUGACGAGGAUGAAAAUGAUACCAAGACCAAGAAGAAGGUAAAUUGCACAAUUACAUUGAGUAACAUAUCAUUUGGAGUCGAGAUGUCCGUUGAUGCUAACCUUUUGCUCAUUGUUUCAACAAUCGUUUGCAGUCAUCUGCUGUGCGCAAGAGGAGUGGAAGAACAGCUGCAGUUGAUGGUCAGCAUGGCGAAAGGCCACCUGAGUGCAAGCAACAGUAGCAACCAUAUUUUUGCAAGCUGUUUCAUGAUGAUAGUACAUUGAAAUGUGGGGUGUGGUAUUGAAGAGUCUAUGCGAGUGGUUGUUUGUGAUAUAUAUAUGGAGUAUGCUAGAACAAUUUAUUGAGUCAUUUUUGUUCCUUCCCAAUGUUUUCUGGUUUAUACUUUCCUUGUGGCUGCCCUUUUUGUAGUGUGGGUGGGAUGCAAGGUUUGAUACAAAUAGCGAGACGUCUUGUGAUUUGUUAAACUCAGAAGUUUAUAUAAAAUCUUGUAGGUAUAUUUUCCUAGAA